GGAGGUGAAGGAGGAACUAAAGAGCAACGAUGUCCAGAAGACGAAGGCCGAGCGUAUAAUAUUUCAAAUGUCAGACAGCGAAUUAUUGUAGAAGUAUUUUUAUUGUUUGUGAGAAUUUUAUUUAAAAAAUCAACCAAUCACUCGUCUAAAGUAAAAAAAAAUAAAAAUACCAUAAAAGUUUGUAGUGGAUCUCAUGUAUCUCGUUUGAACUGGUUCAUGUUCAUGUGCGACUUUCCAACCUAAAAAAUGGCAGCCGCGAGCGUGGAGUGUAGCGAUUUUUUAGAAUUCCAGGAUACGUUAAGAAAGAUGCGACAGAUAGAUGACAAAAUAAUUUAUAUGCUGAAUUCUACAAUUCCUACCGAGUCCUUCAAAGGUCAAGUGGACCUUGCCACGCAGUGUAAAGACUUGUUCCAGCAGAUAGAAUCUGAAAACAAGCAGAGAACGCAAGCGAUCACAAGAUGCGUAAACGUCACUAAGGAAAGGGUGAUGCAGUUGAAAGAUUUGAGAGAGAAGAAUGGUGACGGAGAUCCGUCGUUAGUAAAAAAUUUAAGAAAAGAACAGACCAAAUUGAGACUGUUACAAUCUGAGCUCAAUAUAGAGGAAAUUGUAAAGAAACGUACAAUACAAGUCUAUUACGAGAGGUGCCGCGGAUUCUACAAACCAAUGCACAUAGACGCAUAGAACUUCCGAAUAAUCUGAAGCUAUUGGUAUAUGGUUAUUUGAACGCUAUUAUUUUUGAAUUGUUACAAUAUAUAGCUAUACAUAGUAAUUUUGUAAACGUCAACGGCAAUAAGUUGUUCGUUUCACGAAUCAUUGUUAUUUUGUGAUGUACAAUACAUACUGAUCCUCUUAUAAGAGUUUAUUCGCAAUUGUUCGCUAUAUACAAGGAUAAUUGAAAGUACACAGAUUAUUGAGACUGUAUAUUUAGAUAUUUUAUAUUGUACAAGCAAUUGAAAUGCUUACUAAAUCUAAUAAUGAGAAUCAGACAUUCAUUACAUACAGUAUAUAUAAAUCGAUGAUCUAAAUGUAAAUAAAAUACAUAAUUUUACAGAGUAAAUAUCUGUACAUACAUAAAAUGUAUCUUAUUGCUUUGUUGUUACGAAAGAUUGUCGUUUUUAACAGCCUUGUAUAUUACAAGUACAAAUCAUUAAAGCGAUCGAAACGAAAUAUUUAAUUGUUUUGUGAGAAAUAUCAUGUGGAAAUAUCAUUUUAAAAUAAUGACAGUCGAUAAUAUAAUAUCCGUCUGGGCUUCUCAGAAAAUAUAUCCUAAAGACUUCUA